AACAAACUUAACCUAGCAGUCAUCUCCAGAUCUCCCAUUUCCCUGGCCCCAGUCCCCAUCUGCCAUCUGCGCUCUCCCGCUUCUCCGUUCUCAGUACCUCAGCCGACUCUCAUCCCUCACCGCUCCGGCACCAUCCCAGACUCCCUCUGCAGUCUGCGGCUCUGCCUCUCUGCCGUCUCUGACUCUCUACCUCUCUGGAGUCUGAUCGUCUGCCUCUCUGCUGUCGCUGUAUCGAGCUCCAGAUAAUGUUGUUAAUAAUACAAUACCGAACAAUGUACAACUAUUAGAGACAAGUUGUUCUCAUCCUGAUAAUGGUGAUAUGAAUUCUACUACACUGGUUGUUAUUACGGAGAAGGCUCAUCAUUGCUCAACCCUUCGCCGGCUGAUUUUCUCCCAUUGACGGCUCCACAUAAUUAGCUCACUCACGAAAGAUAAGGACUUCCAUAAAUUUGUUGUGUGAAUUUGUAACCAGUGAUGGCUGCAUCUUCUUCUCGGUUGCUCCGUGCAGGUUGUUCUUUAUUGGGUGGCCUUUGUAACAACUCUGCCUUGUUCACGAGAGCAUCACCUGAGAUUAUAUCCAACGAUUUAUUCACACAGCAACUAAGAACGUUUAUACAAAUGAGGACCAACCUGAAAGUGGUAGACAAUUCGGGUGCGAAAAGAGUUAUGUGCAUACAAGCAUUGAAGGGCAAGAAAGGAGCAAGGCUGGGGGAUACAAUAGUUUGCUCGGUAAAGGAAGCGCAGCCAGGUGGGAAAGUGAAGAAAGGAGAGGUUCACUACGGCGUAGUUGUUCGGGCUGCAAUGCCAAGGGGCCGGUGUGAUGGGAGCGAAGUGAAGUUUGACGACAACGCUGUGGUGCUUAUCAACAAGCACGGAGAGCCAAUCGGUACCAGAGUUUUCGGCCCCGUUCCCCACGAGCUUAGGAAAAAGAAGCACAUCAAGAUUCUGAGCCUCGCGGAGCACAUUGCCUGAGGUAAUAGAUACUCUUCCUGUGCUGUGCUACUUUGGAAUAGGUCUUAGUACAAGCUAGUCUUGUUUUUGCUAGGGUCUGGGAUUGAAUAGGUACAUUAUUUUACCCAUGUUACCAGGAUACAGUGGACCAGGAUUUACAUAUUAAGAUGG